UAUCAAACAAAACAAAACAUAGUCGCUUUCGUGACGUUGACGUAUUUUUAUAAAAAAACAAAAUAUAAAACAUGUCACAAAAUUCAUAGUUUUUGAAAAAGCUAAAUUUCAGUGUAACUGGACCGUUCCAAGUUUAUUUGAUAUAUAAAUUUUUUGUUUAGAGUGUUGCACUAAGCGGUUUCGAUCCUGUAGUGCUGCACCUAAACGAGUUUUUUUUUGCUAGAUAUUUAAAUGGACGGGUCUACAGUGGACCACAGCGAUUCGGACUCUGGGGAAAGUUGGACACUGUUGGAACAUAGUCCGUCGUAUGUUGAAGGUACUCCAGAGUCAGCUGAAACCACUCCAGUGCAAGAACACAUAAUAACUGAAACUAAUAUUGAGAAGGAUGAAGACACAGAUGGGAUAUCUGUCAUAAGUGACAGUGAACCAGAAUCAUCAACUCCUUGUGAAUUAAACUAUAACAAAUGUCUUUCAGAAGAGGGCCGUCCAACAGAACUAUCAAAUACUCAAUUUAUUUCGGUAAAUCCACUAGCUCCCAAUAAUAAUAAUCACCAUGAAUCUAUAAGGAGUGAGGAUGAUUUUCUAGUAGAAAAUACUGGAAAACACAAAACUUAUGUUCACAGAAGAAAUAAAAGGCUCAGUACAGUCCUGAACAUAAUAAUGCUGGGAAGUGUUAUAACAGCUGCCGGUGUGGCCAUAGGCCACAUGUGGGGAGCCAGGAAUGAGUGCUCAAUGCAUACAACACCAUCAAUCAACAAAAUAUUAUCAAAUUUAUAUAAAUUGCAAGAAGAAAAUGCUUAUCUGCGAAACAAGUUAAAGGAACUCACACUUGCUAGUAGUUUACAAAUACAACAAAGGAAACUAAAUGCAGAUAAAAUACCUUUCAAGCAACAAAGGUGUAAAAAGAUAUAUGAAGAACCACUGAAUAGUAAAAAUACAGAAAAGAUUACUAAAUGUAUUGAUAACGAAAAUAAUGAUGCUGACAAAUCAGCAAGCAAUCAUAUUAUACAACCUGAAUAUGAGAAAGAGUUUUUAAAUGAUAUUGAUAAAUUAAAAAAUAUUUAUCAACAAAACAAAAGCUGGCUUGAUGAAGAAGUUGCAAAACGAAUGAAAAGUGAAGAACAAACAUUACAAAAAAUGGUAUACCAUAUGAAGAAACCCCUGACAAGUAUUAUUGAAGAACAAAAAGUAUUACAGGAUGAAAAUAUUAAAGAGCUGUCAGAAAAUAGCAACUUCAGUAAAAUGAAAAUAGAAGCUGGUUCAGAAAACAAGCUUGAACUAAAUGAAACUAUGCCAAAGAAAAUAACAUAUGCAGAUUCUUUGAAAACUGUUCAUACAGUUCAGAAAAGAGACACUAAUGAAAAGGCAGGGAAAGACAUGGCUAGACAACAUAUUUUUAAGAAAAAAGUAAGAAAAGAUUAUGAUGCCAUCAAUGAUAUUUUAAGUGAGGAAGAGCUGAAGAAAGAUGAUAGAUAUGCUGGACCGAAGAUGAAGCAGGAUAAAAAAAAACGCGAUAGGCAGAAGUUACACAAGAAGCAGAAGAGGAGGAACAAGUAUGAACAGUGGGAAAUGAAAGGAGGCUACCUGAAAGACUAUGAUGAAUUUUCUAUUACUUCAUCUCAAGAAAAUGAGUACAUUUUGAAAAAACCUGACCAAAAUGUCUUAAGUCGAGACUUUGAAAAGAAAAACUAUAUAAAUCAAUUUUCAGAUUCUAACGAUGGUCAAAACAACUCCAAAAAUGAGUAUGAAAAGCUUAAAGACAAGCAAUCAUCUAAAGCUGAGAAAGCUGGAAGAAAGACUAAUAAAAGUGAUGACCUAAACUGGUUUGAUAAACGAGCUGUCCUUAGGACGGAAGCCAGGAAGAGACUCGAACAUGAACUGUUUGGUGAGACCAGCCCCAACAACGCAGUGUGGUACUUCAGGCGCAUGCAGAGGCGCGAACAAUGCCGCGCCAAGGGCGACAACAGCACUCACAAGAAACUCGUCAAACGUAAUAUGAACUUUAAAAUGAAACAUUAAUUACUAUUUUAUACUAUAAUAUAAUUAUAGAUAAAAAUAAUUGUUGAGUAAACAUCUAGGAAAUUUUAAAACAUACCAUUAAGGUUGUAGGUUGGCAAGUUUGAGUGUCGUAUCUUAAAUUUUCGCAUACCUACACAUGCCCUAUUUAUUACAAUGUUAUUGCUGAUAAGUGAUUUAGAACAACGGAAUUAUCAAAUAACUUAUCUUCAAUUCAAAAUUAUUUUCUUUUACUUGUUUUGUUCGCAUAACAGCGAUAACGUUGUGAUAAGGCGCGACAACUUCACUGUUUUCACUUAAUGGUAGUUUAAAAAUUAUUGUGUUCAUGCUUAGAUUAAUGACCGUUACAAAGAUUAUAGCUUUAUUGGUGCUGAACCACCAUUUGUUAAGACCUCAGUCAAUUCUAUAUAAAUAAUUUGAAAGUAUUCUUAGAUACACUAUAUAAAAUCACAUCUAGUUUUGCAUUAGGUCAUAAAUCGGUAUUGUUUACUUUUAGAUACAUUUACACCGUUUCACAUGAACACACGCCUUGAAUUGAUCAUAAUUAAAAUGCAAAUUUCCAAUAUUUAGAACUUAAGUCGAUGUUAGACUAUCACAAGUAUAUAAAAACUAAUUUACUUUUAGUAUUUAGUAUUGCCCUUGCCCUUAUGGAGUUUGCAUCCCGUGAUAAUUUCUAGCAGUAUUUUUAUUCAAAAUUAGCUGGUACUAUAAAAUAUAAUAAAGAAAUAAAAAAUA